UGAAAACACUUUAAAUUACGAAAAGAGCUGUAACUGAUUCGUUUGAAUUCUAUAAAAUGGGUGCAGCUUUCUUUCCUGUGCUGUUUUUCACUGCAGUUUGGGGUGCGGUUGGCAUUGGAAUGCCUAUGAUGACUCCCAAAGGACCUCACCAGAACCUGAUACGUUGUGUCCUGAUGCUAACUGCUGCCUGCUGCUGGCUGUUUUGGUUGUGCUGCUACAUGGCCCAAAUGAAUCCAUUGAUCGGGCCCAAACUGAAGCGAGAUGUAGUGGCCAUUAUUGGACGCGAGUGGCACAAUGAAAUCGUUGCUGGCUAAGAACUAAUGUUCCAUAAGGAUACAGAAAGCAAAUAUAUGAAGUGUUCCCAUAUUCACCAAUAAAGUUGUUUAAAUUAUGUUGUAAAUAAUCACCGCAAAAAAGAUUUAAAUUGUGUUAAAAAUAAAUGGUGCAAUACUUAA